ACAUCACUUUACGACCCACAGGUUAACGUAGUAAAGGUCCCGAGUAGCGCGUCUGCGAACAGUCUGUCUCUCCACGCCAACUGCGGUCGGUCUUUACGGCCUACUCAAUAUGUUUACUACGAACAAAAUGGACCUUUCACGCUAGCCGCGUCUCAUUUCAGCUUCACCCGUUGUUUUCAGCGGCUGGUAUUAUUCUAAAAAGUAUAAUCGGCAUUUGACGCGGGUCGGUAACCCCUAGUCUAACCCUUCACGAGCCUCGGUUAAGACCGGGUACUUUCUUUAUGUUUGCGGUUUAGGUUAAAGUUAAAGCUUUGCAGCAGCAGCAAGGUGAACGCAUUUAUUCCGAGCUGGUCUGGGAAUGUUAACGGCGUUAUUUAUCAGAGUAGUAUGUAACCGUCUUCUUAUUUAACGGAAGAGGGAAUACACGUACAGCUGGGAGGAUUACGUGAGGAUAGUGAGGAUACUUUUAAAAGAUGACGGAAAAGACUGCAAAGCGUUUCGUGUUAAUGGUUACGACGGGUCUCGUAGCGAUCAGCUGUUUCUGCCCCAGAACACAGGCGACUCUGAGCUCUAGUAAUGGCCCCUUAAAAGACACAUUCAGAGGCCUUUUCUUCCGAAUAGCAAACGAGCAUCUCACCGUUCCAUCUGUGAAACAGCUCCUAAAUAGUUCGGUGGAGGCGUGUGCAGAGCUCUGCGUCAAAGAGACCGAGUUCGAAUGUCGGUCCUUUGAGCUUGACAACGUACACAAGACGUGUCACCUUCACAGGAAGAACCACGAGGACGACGGGGUGCGACUGGAACCGGGGACGGGGACGGAUCAUUACAGAACAAACUACGUCAAGCAGUUCAGCCGCAUUGUAAACCAUGUCAUUACCCUUCGACACAAUCGUAAACUCCCGUCUAUCACGGUGGAGGAAUGCGCCCGAAGCUGUAUCUACGAGAUGGCUUUCCAGUGCCGAGGUUUCGACUACGAUCACGAGAACACGAUUUGUUGGCUGACAGAACUUGACGCGCAGAGCGCCGGGGGACUACGGCAGUUUAACGGCGUGGAUUGUUACGAGAAAAUUCCAGUGGGUAUACGGUCCCAAUUCAUCAACUACGGCUCCGGGCGGCUACGGAACCUCCCUGGUGGUAACGUGUACAACCAGGUGCGACUGGGUCUCUCACUGGAGGAGUGUGCCCAGCUGUGCAACGACGAGACCACCUUCCACUGCCUGAGCAUCGACUAUCAGUUCUCAGAACACGGCUGCUACAUGAGCGAGUAUAUCGCGGCGAAUGUGUACGGUCUGGAGACUGGACUUGUGAGGGGUGUCAUGCAUUUUGAGAAAAUAGAAACCUAUCUCCAGUUUUUCUACCCCACCCCUUACGCAGUGUUGCUAGGCAACAACCAUAAGAAAUAUUCCGGUGUUACUCCUAAUUACUGCGCCAGGAUGUGCCUCCAAGAAGAUGGCUUUAUUUGUCGUUCCUUUGACUACCAGAUUCGAGACGGGACAUGUCUGAUAAGCGCCAAGACAGGAAGUGAUAUUGGCGGACUAUAUAACCAAGGAAUGGCACAGAUCCAUCACUUUGAAAUGAAACCAUUCUUAGAAUGCGGCGGUGAACUGAAGGAGACAAAAGGGACGAUCGCCUCACCGAAUUGGCCGCGCAACUACGCACCCCACCAGCACUGUGAGUGGAGAGUGACGGUGCCUGAACAUAAGGUGGUUCAUUUCACGUUCAUUCACUUCGACUUGGGCCUCCAGACGUCCGAAACGUGCGCUGACCAUAACGACAGGCUGGUCUUCUCAGAAAUCUUACAGCCAGGAAAUCAGACACAGAUUUACUGCACACAGCCAAACACAAAGAAAUGGAUUUCCAAGACCAACGUUGUAAACGUGACGUUUACAUCUGACGUAGUAGGUGACGCCCCCGGGUUUCGGUUGUUUUAUUCCGCUGAAUGGCCGUGCAACGCGGAGCUGCGCCAGGACCAAGGACUGUUUGCGUCUCCGAAUUUCCCCGAGAACUACAUGUCCUCGUCGCGGUGUUCUUGGCACAUACGCGCCCCGCCACGCCAUCAGAUACUGUUCCGUAUACACUACUUCCACCUGGAACCCCAUCCGAGAGACAUCUGCUCAAACAGGUUCGACUACGUGGCGGUGUACGACGGUUCAAGCAACUCCAACAAACGCCUGGGCAUCUAUUGUGGUGCCCGGGCCCCCUUCUCUCUCAUGUCCACUGGCAGCAACCUUCUCGUAGAAUUUUCCUCAGAUCCACAGGGUGAGCGAAAGGGAUUCAACGCCACCUAUCAUUUUAUAUCCAACUAUGAGAUACCUGAUGAAAACCCAUCAACGCGCAAGCCGAGUGAAAAACUCCCGGAGGUGACGCAAACCACGACAAAGAAGCCGGAUGAGUCUAAAAUAGUGAUCCAGUUUGUACCAAAAGAUGAAAAGGAAAUUGUCAAUCCGCCAAAAAGCGAUGCAGUUUCAAAGACUGACUCCCAGAUACAAGAAGCUGGCGGCGGAGACAUGACAUGGAUCAUAGGAGUGGCUUUAGUGGCCUUACUCAUCGCAGUGGUCAUCCUGAUUGUGGUCAUUAUAUAUAGGAGAAGAAAGCUUCCAAAAGAGCCGAAAGACGAGAGGAGACAAACGAGAAACCAAGACAGAUAUCUGUACAGUGGAGAAAAUGUAACGCUUUAUCGAGGAGACAGUGAGUCACCAUACGAUGCGCCCGCUGAUGAGACUGCGGCUAUGCAGCCGUAUGGAGAGAGAAACGAGAAUAUUUACGAGAGCAUUCCAGAGCUGGAUAAAAAGAACUCCUUCAACAAUCCAAUUUACGGAAAGGAAAAGGCAAACAUGGCCAAUGGCGAACCCUCAAAGGGCAGUAAAUGAAGCACAAAUGCAUUACAAGACCUUUCAUGGGCACUAGUUCGGAACCAUUAUUGCUCGGGAAUCUCCGUAUCGGUCGGUCUUUUCCGCGUCACGGAGAAUUCCGAAAAUUCAGCGCUGAGAAGCGCAUUUGCUUUUCAAAACCUUUAAAGGUUCUAUAGGAGAAAGAGCAAACGUAUGUGGUGGAGAAAUAAGGCAACUCAAGAUGAUAGAAUUUCAAUAAUAUUAUCAAAAGGUCACUCCAUAUUUACGUGACCCCUAAAGAACCAAGGGUGCUGUUAAAUCUACACUAUGAACUUUAUAAAUAUGGUUGUGCACAAAAUUACUGAAUUAUUAUUUAUUAGCAUCAAGCAAACAAUGAAUCUUACGACAACACAUACAAUUUUAAUACUCUUGAGAUAUCCUCCAAGACCGAAAAUCUCAUUUUGCGAUAUUAUAUGCUUCACAUUUAAUUGCAGUCCGUUUCAUUUUCUGAUCAGGUCGCUAGCGGUGUGUUGAAUAAGCGUAAACAUUUAGUAUUCUUCAGCAAAGGCUGAUUAUUUAUAUUAUAAGCAAUAGAUUAUAAAAGAUGCUUUAAAUACGACGCUUUAAAGCAGCUGAAUCAUCAAAUCUAUAAAUUUUGUAUGUAUAGGAUUAUCGUUUAUCAAGGGAGUCCCUGCUUUUGGGUGAUUUUGUUCUUACCAAUUGCUUUUCAGAAUCGUCGCUUGAUUUGGCAGUAGACAUGUAUAAGUCACUGACUAAAU